AUGGCGGCAUUCUUGAAGUCACCAUGCCCGACAGACAUAUACGGAUACCCUUCGUUUUUCCGGAAAUCGCACGAAUUUCCCACAACCGACCGAGAGAGCAAAAUGGCGCGAACGAGUGCGCGCAUCAAGGCAGCGGAAGCGGUUCAAAGGACGAAGGUUGAGCGAGAUCGGGUGGAGGAAGCUUCCAGGAAGAUUGUAAACAAGCACCCUACAAAGGUGAAUGCGGCGAAGGGUGCGACGAAGGUUGCGCCACGUGAUGUGGCUAAGAUCCCUACGAAAGAAGUGAAUAUGAUUGAAGAUGAUACCAGCGAAGAAACCGAUGAGGACCCUAGUGGGAUGGCUAUGGAGUUCACACAUAUUUCCAGCAACGACAAGGAUGAGAUCUCUGCGUACGAGCGACAACGCCUCGCUAACAUUGCACGAAACAAAGAAUUGAUGGUCCAGAUCGGUCUGGCGGACGUGUCGAGUGAGAUGAAAGUCCGUCGCAGCUCCCUUGCAGAGCAGCGUGAAGAAAGUCGUAAGCGACGGAAAGAGGGGCUGGACGCACUGCCACGUCGACAAUCUCGCCGGGUUCAAGGCAAAGAUGCUGAAUUCAGCCCUGCGUUCAACCUUCCCAUCGUGGUGGCUGCAAACAAUAACGACGACGACAAUUCAGACGACGACGAAGAGGCAGCCUCGUGGGAAACCCUCGCUUCAGACGCAAAGCAGCACCUGGGAGCUUUCUACCGAGGCCUUUCCAACGAGUCUUCAGUCAUCGAGUCGUCCACUGCAGCAGCAACCAAGUAUUCAAUCGAUGCUCGAGAUGUCGUCAAGGCACUGCCUUCGCGCAUCUAUUCGCUAGCAUUUCACCACGCCAUCUCAGCCUCGUCGACGAUGCUCGCUGGCAUCGCGGACGUCGAAGGCAACUUUGCUCUGUGGACGCCGCCAGUCGACCGAUCAAGCGAUGUCGAGAGCGGACUAACCGCGUUUCGCCUGCAUAAACGAGCAAUUUCAAUGUUGCACUUUCAAGACACGUCGCUGCUGUCGUCUUGUAUGGGUGGGAUAGUCAAACGUCUGGACUUGGGAGCAGCGGACCCUUCGGCUGCUUGUGUCGUAGUGGAGCUGGAUGCUGCCAUCACGAGCUUUCACGUGAACUACGGGUUGAGUUGUAUGUUGCUCAGCUGUGACGACGGUUCUGUCGUUCAAACCGACCUCCGCCAAGACUCGAAGAAACAGCAGCAAAGAUACACUCUCCACGCGAAAAAGAUCAACACAGUGCACUGCCACCCCACCGAACCCAAUGUGUUUGUGACAGCGUCGCUGGACCGCAGCGUCAAGCUGUGGGACAUUCGCAAACUCAAGGCCUCGUUGGCAGAAUUGACGCACGGGAAAAGCGUCAACUGCGCUUCGUUUGCCCCCGACGGCAAGACGGUGGUGUCGGUCUGCCUCGACAACUUUGUGUACCUCCACAACACAUCCUCUAUCGUCGCAACGCUCCCUAGUCCUCAAAAGAUCAAGCAUGAUAACCAUUCGGGCCAAUGGCUAACCAAGUUUCACGCUGCUUGGGACCCCAAGAAGCUGACGGACUGCGAGUUCGUUCUUGGGGGAAACAAGCGUCCGCGUUGCAUUGACAUCUUCGGAACGACCAGUCCAAAGCCCCGCCAAAUGCUGUCCGACGACUCGCUCUUCACGUCGGUGCACUCACUCAACGUUUUCCACCCAGUCCUGCCAGUCAUCCUCGGUGGCAACUCGUCCGGUCGUAUCUCCAUGUGGCGAGCACAAAGUUAA